AUGGCAAUUUUUGCAAACAAAAGCCAGCAUGCUACGCUUUUGAUGGCCAUACAGGCAGCUGCUUCCAUGGCGGCACCGACAUCUCAUAAGCACACAAUCGCCAAGCGUGACCCAUCUGGCGGACGGGCCAUUAAGCUGGCAAGUUACUCCAGCAUUGCCUCAACUACAGAGUCAUGCACUAGCUAUUGCUCGGACUACAAUUACUUUGGCACCGAGUACGGCGAGCAAUACUUCUGCGGCAACAAGAUCGCGUCUGGCUCCAGCCCGACAACGGGUUGUAGCAUGACAUGUGCUGGUGAUUCGACACAGAUCUGCGGCGGACACAGCAAACUCAGUCUCUACGUUAACAACUAUUAUGUUCCCCCAAGUGCCUCGGCAACCAAGGGAUGGGCCUACCAGGGUUGCCAUACCGAAGCCUGUGCGGAUGCCUGCUCCGGGUACCUUUAUGCUGGGAUCGAGUACGGACGCGAAUGCUACUGCGGCAGCUCACUCCACAGCGGGAGUAACGCUUCGGAAUCCGACUGCUCGUUUUUAUGUCCCGGUGACAAGCGCUCCUUCUACGGCGCCGGAGAUCGGCUGACCCUCUACGAGGCCGUGAGGCCUACCAACGUCAGCGGCUACGGCGACGACGUCAACGCCCGGCUGCUCAGCUCGCUAUGGUCCUACGGCGACGACAUGACCGUCAAAAGGUGCGCGACGGUCUGCAGACAAUACAGCUACUUCGGCCUCGAGGACGGCAACCAGUGUUUCUGUGGCUCGUCUUUUAGCCCCACCGCCAGUCCCGUGGCCGAGAUCCAGUGCGCGCGCUCGUGUCCCGGGAGCACAACCGAGAGCUGCGGCGACACGAGCCUAAUAUCGACCUACGCAUCCGUUCCCCUCAAACCCCCGCCGUCCAGCAUUGCCUCGGUCGGCAAGUUCAACUACAAGUUCUGCUCGAGUGAUGCGGGCGAGGCGCGCGUCCUGGCCCGCGACCGCGAGGGCGACAAUGACAUGACUGUGGAGAUGUGCGCAGCCUUCUGUGCCGACUAUGAUUAUUUCGGCGUCGAGUACGGCGUGGAGUGUUUCUGCGGAAAUGUUUUCACGGGGAUGCAACAACCCGAGGAUGAGUGCAGUUAUCUUUGUCCAGGUGACGGGUCCGAGUUCUGUGGUGCUGCGAACAGGAUCAAUGUGUAUGAGGCUCCUGUUCAAACGAUUACGACGGCCUCUGCUUGAGUCAUUGUAAACGGGCGAUGGAUGCUGUCAAUUUCGGAGGUCUACCCUACUUCAUGGUUAUGAUC